AUGCCGUGCCCUGACCCCUCCCGCACCCUGCAGAUCUCCUUGGGGAGCUCCUCCAUGCGCGGCCCUGCCUUGGAGUGCUCGCCAAGGGGGGACACUGGCCAUGUCUCCCUUGCGGUGGCCUUGGCUCCAGCAUGGGAGAGCCACCUCAACGCCUUGCAGCCCACCCGGAAGAGAUUUGUAUAUGUUGAGCCAUCUAGGAGAGUUAAAGAAAUACUUGAAGAAGAGCUUUAUUUCCAGAAAGAAGCAUGCCAAGUUAAACAUCCAGCUGCAGUGGCUCUGGAAGGAAUUUGGAGUGUGGAAAAAGAUUUCUCCAUUGGAAGCCUGAAAUCAGUGACACAGAACAGAAACGGUUUACUUUUAAAGCCUCAAUUCUACUCAAGGCAUGCAGGAAUGAAAA